UGACCUCACCAGCUCUGCCUGCAGAUCGGCUAGGAAGGGAGAAGGAGGGGAGGCAGAGUUUGCGGAGCCCCAACACCAGGCACCGGAAUCAAAAGGGGGAACACGGGCAGCUCCGGGGUGACCAUAGCCAGUCAGUGUGUGCUGCAGGGGACAUUGCCCCCCAGCCUGUCCUUUGUGUCCCUGCGGCCGUGUCCCAGGCUCCGCUCCCAGUCACCCGCUCCAUGGCCAGCAGCAGCGGCAGCGCUCUGACCGGGCGUCUCCCGGGGGCCCGGGGAGCCAACCCUCGCAAGGGCCGCAUCCUGGGAUUAUUCGAUGCCAUCCAGGACGCGGUGGGACCCCCGAAACAGGCGGCGGCCGAUAAGAGGACGGUGGAGAAGACCUGGAAACUGAUGGACAAAGUGGUAAGAUUAUGCCAAAACCCGAAGCUUCAGCUGAAGAACAGCCCUCCAUAUAUCCUUGAUAUUUUGCCCGACACAUAUCAACAUUUACGACUUGUACUGAGCAAGUAUGAUGAAAACCAAAAGCUUGUGCAGCUCAGUGAGAAUGAGUAUUUUAAAAUAUACAUAGACAGCUUAAUGAAGAAAUCAAAGCGAGCAAUCAGACUCUUCAAGGAAGGGAAAGAGCGAAUGUAUGAGGAGCAGUCUCAGGAAAGACGUAAUCUUACCAAGCUGUCCCUGAUAUUUAGCCAUAUGCUGGCAGAGAUCAAGGCAAUCUUUCCUAAUGGUCAGUUUCAAGGAGAUACUUUCCGGAUUACUAAAGCAGAUGCUGCAGAGUUCUGGAGAAAGUUUUUUGGGGAGAAGACUAUUGUUCCAUGGAAAGUGUUUAGACAGUGCCUUCACGAAGUUCAUCAGAUCAGUACUGGUUUGGAAGCAAUGGCUCUAAAAUCCACAAUAGACUUGACUUGCAAUGAUUAUAUUUCAGUUUUUGAGUUUGAUAUUUUUACUAGACUAUUUCAGCCAUGGAGCUCCAUAUUAAGGAACUGGAACUUCUUAGCAGUAACCCAUCCUGGAUAUAUGGCUUUCCUUACAUAUGAUGAAGUUAAAGCAAGAUUGCAGAAAUAUAGCACUAAACCAGGAAGUUACAUUUUUAGAUUGAGUUGCACAAGACUUGGCCAGUGGGCAAUUGGCUAUGUGACGGGCGAUGGAAAUAUCUUGCAGACGAUACCUCAUAAUAAGCCUUUGUUUCAAGCUUUGAUUGAUGGCAGUCGAGAAGGAUUUUAUCUUUACCCAGAUGGACGAAGUUAUAAUCCAGAUUUAACUGGGUUAUGUGAACCAAUGCCUCAUGAUCAUAUUAAAGUUACCCAGGAACAGUAUGAAUUAUAUUGUGAAAUGGGAUCUACCUUCCAGCUUUGUAAAAUCUGUGCUGAAAAUGAUAAGGAUGUUAAGAUUGAACCUUGUGGACAUUUAAUGUGUACAUCGUGCUUAACGUCAUGGCAGGAGUCUGAUGGUCAAGGUUGUCCUUUCUGUCGUUGUGAAAUAAAAGGUACAGAGCCUAUAAUCGUUGAUCCAUUUGACCCCCGAGAUGAAAACAAAUGCAUUAUGGAUAGUUUAAAUUCCUGUAUGUUGGAUUUUGAUGAUGACGACGAACGAGAAGAAUGCUUAAUGAUGACUCGGUUAGCCUCUGUCAGAAAGUUAAAUGACCGUCAGAAUUCACCGGUAACAUCUCCAGGAUCAUCCCCUCUUGCACCAAGAAAAAAGACUUCUCCAGAUCCAUUGCAAAUACCCCAUCUUAACCUGCCACCUGUGCCUCCUCGAUGGGAUCUAAUUCAGAAAGCUCGAUCUCCAUGUGCCAGUCCUACAGGGUCACCUAAGUCUUCUCCAUGUAUGGUUCGAAAGCAAGAUAAACCCCUUCCAGCACCACCACCUCCUUCCAGGGAGCCUCCACCACCUCCAGAAAGACCCCAUAUAGCAUCUGACACCAGAACUUGUAGACAUGGGCAUCUUUCAGAAAAUGCGCCUUGUAGAGACCAGCCUAUGCCUCUGGAAGCAUGGUGUUCAAGAGACAUUUCUGGUGCUAAUCAUUUAGCUACAUGUCGUAUAACACACGAUGGUUCUCCUAAACUUGGGAAAACUGCUGGUUCUGUUUUAAAUGGAAGACAUGGUCGUAUGAGUUCCGAUGCCAGAAUUGUGCACAAAAAUCAUAAACAUCAUGAUUUGCCUUUAGAAAGUGUAAGGGUCUUAUCUAAUGUUCUAAUGGAAGAAUAUGAUGUGCCUCCUCGACUUUCUCCACCUUUGCCAACCAUCUCUGUCCACCCUAGUAUGAAGUGUCCUUUAUUACUAAAUUCUUUGUCAUAUAAAUCGAGAAAUUCCAUAGAGGACGAUGAAGGUGAAUACAAAAUCCCUUCCUCUCAUCCAGUAUCUGCACGCCCACUUCAGAUUCACUGUCAAAUUGUCAAACCUUUUUCUGGUCUGUGCGAGAAUGGACAAUGUUUGACCAAUGGUACGCACAAUGGAAUAUCUGAGAAAAAAAACCUAAAACCUCCAGACAGUGGUGACGCCUUCGCUACAAGUUCACUACCAGUUCCUUUACCUCCUGCACGGCCUUCAUCUAGAGAAAACCAGCCACAUGUUUCUUCUCUCAUCAGGACACCCUCCGGUUAUGAUCUUCUGGUACCCCAUCCAGGUGAUGAACCUUUUGACAGUUCCCCCCCUUCACAGCCCCCUCCUCCACCACCUCCUCCUGCACGAUCCUGCAUCACUGAGCACACAAAGCCCAUUACUUCUGGAAGCAGACCAAGCUCGUGUGUAGAUUUUCUUCCUUCUUCAGAUCAUUGUUUAGAAGUUCCUUUACCACCAACGCGAAGGGUAGCAAGUGAGGUAAAACUAAACAGGCUUUCUCAAGAGUAUGACCAGCUCCCAUCGUGCUCAGACUGCUCCCAGGCACCAGCAAGGCCACCCAAGCCUCUUCCCCGCAGGACAGCACCUGAAAUACACCACAGGAGGCCAUAUAGUGCUGAUGGUUCAGAGAAUGUAGAUGCUAAAAUCGCUAAACUAAUGGGCGAAGGUUUCUCAUUUGAAGAAGUUAAAAGGGCUCUUGAAAUCGCCGAAAAUAAUGUAGAUGUUGCCCGCAGUAUACUGAGGGAAUUUGCCUGCUGUCCACCCCCUGUGUGCCCACGUCUAAAUCUAUAAAACAUGACAUAUACGUUACAAUUUUCAUCAGAAGCAAAGCAGAGUGGAUUUUUAUUAUUUUUUUGUCUUAAAUUAAAACAGUCAUUCCUGCGUCAAAAAAUACUGCUACGCUUCCGAGCUCUG